AUGAAGUUCUUCACUACUUUCUUCAUUGCCUUCCUUGGGUAUGCCGCUUCACCCUUCACCCUGAUAUAUUUCAACUUCAUGCUAAUGCCUCUUAAUGCAGCAUCGCUGUCAGCGACACCAUGGCUAUUUCAUGCCGGGAUCAAGCUGGUAACAGAGGCCCCCGAUGUGUCGCCAACAACAGAGUCCCAUGCCCUGCCGGCUUCCGACCUGUCUUUUACGACACUCCUGAACCCUGCCGAUGGGGCCAGCGCUGCUGCAUCUAAACUCGAACUUCGAUCCUCCGAGAAGCUACGAAACAUUCCAAAGCUUUCUUGA